AUGAUGCGAUUUCUGACUGUGAUUUUAAUUUUAUUGGUAUUUUUUGUGAUGGAAGAGUAAUAAUUUAUUUAGAAAAAGGUUAUUAUCAACAGGGAAUAUGAUUUCUUCGAUUAAAAACAUUCAAAUUCAAGAGAUAGGGGGUACACCGUUUUUUGUUAUCCCAAUGUUUGCUCAGCCUCCUUCAAUGUCUCAAGCGCCUCCUAAAGAAAUUGGCAGAGAUUACCGAGAAGAAUAUAAAAAGCUUUUAGCUGAAAAUGAAACCCAAACUGGCCAGCUGCAAAACUUACUAGCCGACAUCGACAAGCUUCAAAAGGACAUUCAAGGGUUAGAACGCCAGCAGCCAUCUAUAAAGCACGAAAGACCUCAAGCUAAAGCUCAAAGGACAAGAAGGCCUGCCAAGCAAAUUAAUAGGCAUUAUCGCUGCCGACUGUGUCCGAAAUCUUAUGGGUAAGAACUAUUCAGUUCUGAAGGAUCGUUAAAUCAGCAUAUGAAGCUCAAGCAUUUCGAGUUUUACCAGCAAAGAGAAAUGUCUAAAGAUAUGGGUGAAAUAUAG